GAAUCAUUACGUUUCGUACUCACGAACCGGUAGAUCGUCCACCUGCACAUAACUAUAUGAGACGUGCUGUACUUGUAUCGUAUUUUCUUUAAGUAGGUAGUGAGCUACGUUACAGUAAUGUUAUAUUUAAUUGGAUUUUCGGUGGCUCUUGCCCUGGUCUUAAUGCCGAGCAGCAGUGAGUCUUUGAAAGAGGGGGAGUGUGAAGUGUGUGUAAGCUUUCUGGGGAAGUUUUACCAGUCACUGAAAGAUAAUGAUAUCAAGUUCACGAAUGAUGCCAUCGAAAAUGCUCUGGUGAAAACCUGCAAAGAGGCGAAAGGAAAAGAAAAUCGGCUGUGCUACUAUAUAGGAGCAACCAGUGAUGCUGCUACGAAAAUCAUUAACGAGGUCUCCAAACCCUUGAGUUACCAUGUGCCGGUGGAGAAGAUAUGUGAAAAGCUCAAGAAAAAGGAUGGUCAGAUCUGUGAACUUAAGUAUGACAAACAAGUGGACUUGAGCACGGUUGACCUGAAGAAACUCAAAGUGAAAGACCUGAAGAAAAUCCUAGAUGAGUGGGGUGAGUCCUGCAAAGGCUGCGUGGAGAAAUCGGACUUCAUCCGCAAGAUCAACGAGCUCAUGCCCAAGUACGCGCCCAGUGCGGCCAAGGCACGGACAGACCUGUAAACUCCUGUGGAGUUAUGGGACUGAGGAGAGUAGCUAAAAGAAUUGUGGGUGGGUGAUUUGCGCUGUGCGGCUGAUUGACCACCUAAUGAGAACCGAAGAUUUGUUUGUCAUAUUGCCCUUUAAUCUAGUGGUAAACAUUGAGUGACAGUGCAAGCAUUUAUCCUGAGCAUUCCUUUUUCUUUUUUCCCUUUCAGUGAGAAUUUAAAGUGAUUAUUGCAUUGUUUCAGCAGGAAAAAGUAAAAUACUUUUACUUUAACAUGCCACCAUUUGACUUAAGAGGAGCUGCUGUAGCCAUUCCUUAGUCCUGGAGCGUUUGUCGCCGUUCUUUAGGAUGGUGGGCAGUGGAUGCUUCAAACAAUCCCAUGUGCAUCAAACAGAAUCAAGGCUUACCAAGAAAGCCACACAAAGCUAAAUGCUAAAGUAAAAGUCCUGCAUUGAUGUCAUAUCACCCAGCUGAUUUCACACAUUAGUUUCACCUGUUGGCUUUUGCUAAUUUCCAAAAGCAGGUGGUUGGGACCAAAUUGCAGGUCAACGGUAAACUCAAACUCUGCCUCUGGAAACAGAGUCCUGUGAGCCCAGGGGAAAAUGUUCCUGGAACUCAUAAAUGCCUGAGCAAGAGUGAUGUUUAGCACAGAACAUAAAACUUCUCAUUGAAACAAGAAAUAGCCUCGCUUAAGACUUUCCUUUAUGAAAACAUCAACAACAUUUCUUGCACACUUGAUUAAAGUGAAAAACCAUGCCAGCAGAUUGCAGGUUUACACCUAGAUGGUAUGGGUUAUAUUGCAAAACACUGUCAAAAGGAUAGGCUUUUUUAUUUGAGUAUUAUGAAAUAGGAAUGAGAUUGAUCUGCAAUAUACAAAUGGACUUCUCUGUAAAACACAUUUAUUACAGUUGUACUAUACUUUUUCAUUAAAACAAGAAAAUUACUGUA